AUGGAAGAUGUCGAAAGUGCCAGCCAAACCGUGGCGCCACUGCCACUGGCACUGGACGCUGGUCCUCCACUGGAGGAUGAAGGCGAACCCUCAGGCAUCGUGAAGCCUGUGGCACGAGCUGUGCCAGUAAAAGUUCUUCCGCCGCCUCCUUUGGUGGACGAAAUGGAGGAGUUCGACAAGUUGCUGCUACAAGGGGAGGCUCCGCAGGAAAGCAAGCAGAAGCCAGGCAUGGCUGCAUUUGCUGCGCCGCCUGCGCCGCCUGCGCCGUCUGCUCCGCUCGCGCCGGCCGAGCCCACCGCGCCGGCCGCACCUGCUUCUCCGCCUGCGCCGGCCGCGUCGCCAGCACCGCCUGCGGCGGAUGUUGCUCGCGAUCGCGUCGAGACGGCGCGUGCUGCCACCUCCAGCAAGCCUCUGUUGCAGAAAGUGAAGCAGGAGCAUAUUGAGAAGGUGGAGGUUGUGUGCGAGCAGGUUCUGGUGGACCCUUACCUGGAGACUCCAGUAUCAGACUCCGCCUUAUCUGUGGAAGUCCUGAGCCAGCCACUUCCUGCCAAGGCUGCGAAGCAGCCAAUUGCAAAGCGUCGAACUCGACCUGCUUCCAAGAAAGCCAUAGUUAAGGUGCCACCACCCGUCCCAAGAUUCGGCGCAACAACGCCUGCCGGACUUCCAGGUGCUGUCCCAGAGCUACCGGGGCCGAUGCUAUCCCAGAAGGAGAGAGACAGAAAGCUGCAAGAAAUCAAGCAGCUCCUUGAGCAGCAAACAUCAGACCUGGCCCCGAUUCCUCCUCCGCCACUGCUCACAACAGCACCGCCGUCAACACCCUUGACCCCACCCACCCCUUUGACGCCCAUGACGCCUGCCACGCCCAUGACGCCACCGACGCCCACAACGCCCACAACGCCCAUGAGGCCCAUGACGCCCAUGACACCCAUGACACCCGUGGCUUCCUCCGUACCCAAGGAUGCUGCUGAGCGACGUUUCGCGGCCUACUCCCAGCUGCUCCUGGGAGACGAUGCCGAUGACGCAGAGGCGCCAUGGAAGCGCCAGGGCAAGCGACGCCGCGCGGACCUGUGA